GGUCUUGUCGUUGCGCGAGGCAAAGCUUCACUUUUUGUGGGUUUCGAGCUUGUGGGUUGUCGAGUUUGUGGGUCCAAUUUGCUGCAAAUCUGCAUUCUGUUGAGGUUCGGGUUACUAUAGGUGGGGGAACGACGAAGUGCAGGGCGGUAGUGAAAAGAGGCAGCCAUGGCAGACACCGUGGCUUACCACAUGGAGCGGAUGCUUCCCGAGCUGGAAGAUUUGGAGCAGCGGGGGCUUUUCAGUCGAGACGAGAUUAAGGAGAUUGCGCGGCAGCGACGUGAUUUCGAAUACCUCCUGAAGCGCCACUCCGCUCUCAAGCAGGACUUUUUGCGGUAUGUGGACUACGAGACGCAGCUGGAGACUAUCCGGCGGGCCCGGAAGAAGGUAUUAUGUGAAAGCCUCAAAGCUAAAGGUGAAUCAUGGCGUAAUUCAAUUUGUGAUCGGAGUAAUGCCAUGCGCAUUAUGAUGAUAUAUGAGCGCGCUGUGACGAAAUUCAAAGGGGAUUUGGAGUUGUGGCUACGAUAUGCCGAAUUCUGCCGGGCUCGAGGCACUCGCCGGGUCCAGAAGGUGAUGAUGAAGGCUAUUCAAUUGCAUCCUGCAGUUCCUGGAUUGUGGAUUUAUGCAGCAGUUUGGGAGGCUGAACACAAUUCGAAUGUGACUGCUGCUCGGUCUCUUAUGCAACAAGGGAUUCGAUCGUGCCCAAAAUCGGAAAUUUUAUGGCAUGAAUAUUUUCGUAUGGAAUUAAUUUUUGCCGAGAAAGUAAAGGCUAGAAGGUUGGUUUUAGGUUUGGCUUCACAAGAGAAGCCUGCUAUUAUAGAAGCGGGCGAGGUUCAUGAAAAUGGUGUUUCCAAUUCAGAAACAGAUGUAGCUGCGACGGAAGAGAAACCUCGUGUGUCCCAUCACACAGCGAGCUGCAAGAUUGCUCAAGUUAUAUACAGGAAUGCUAUUGCUGAAAUACCGGACAAUCUUCAAUUUCGGCAAAGGUUUCUUGAGAUUCUUGAAACUAUUGAUGUGGAAAAAUUAGAGGCGCUUGAAGAGGAAAUAUAUGCUGGUAUGCGAAAGGAUUUUGUCACAGAUGAAAAUAGUUGGGCUUGGCUUGCAAGACGCCAAUAUGUCAAAGCUGAGAGCAAGGGGAUGGAUAUUUUGGAGUGCAGGAAGGAAGCUACAAAUGUUUAUGAAGAAGGCCUUCAAUCCGUCUCGUCAGCACGUAUGUAUGAACUUUAUGCUGAUUUUUUGAUUAAUAAUUUAGAACAUGAUGAUGAGCAGAUUGAAGCUGAUCAAUCCUCUGAUGGUAGUCAAAAUUUAGAGAAAUCUGCAGAAACUCUGCUCACAUUGUAUGAACGCGCCAAAGUAGCUGGUGUCGAGAGUGAAGCGCUCGCUCAAGGUCAAGCUGGUCUUCUAUUGCGGUGGGGGAAUGUAGGUUCAGCCAUAGAGUCAUUAGAAAACUCAUGCAAGGAGACUGCCUCAACUUGCGGGUCUUCAAGAAUAUGGAUGCAGCUUUUUUCCAUAGAGACUAAGCUCAGCAGUGUGAAGAACCUUCAAGGUUCUGAGCAGCAUAUGAAGCUUCUGAAGGCAUCGUUAAAAAUGGCUAACGACGAUGUGAAGAUAUUGUUGCAAAUGGCUGCUGAAGCUCAGACGGUGAAUCGAAAGCAACUUGAUGGGUUUUUACAAUUUUUAGAAAGUAUUUUGGCCGGAACUAUCAGGAAGCACGCAGCAGCUGAGGUAGCGGCGGCUCUGGUAGACUAUGUAUUUCAUGCUGAAGGGCUUCAGCGCGCACGCGAAAUAUACAGCCGGCUGAUCGCUCUUCCAAGCCCAGGUUUAAAUUUCUUGAAAUCUUGUAUUGCCAUUGAGGCGGCUUCGGUAGUUGAUGGCAACGCGGAAGCUCUCAAACAGCUUCGGAAGUUGUUCAAUUUAGGAGUUGAACUGUAUGGCCAUCACGAUGAUGGGCUGUGGUUGGAGUUUUGUGCUCAAGAGAGGAAGGCUGGAAACAUUCAAGAGGCAAGCAAUAUUUACUGGCGGGCAAAGAAGGCAUUGAGCAACCCCUCAAAUUUCCUUGAGAAGUACCAACUGCUUCAAUGAUGUUGUUUCACGUUAUUUAAAAGUUCCCAAUUUUGAACUUCAAAGUUCAUAUUCACUAAGUAAUGAGGUCGAUGUUUAGGUGUUAGAGAGGAAGGCAGCAAUAGCGAAUGGUCCUGAAGGAAAUAUUAUGGAUGUAGUUGACUUCAUGGUCAUCAUACAAAUUUUGAUUGAAAUGGUUUUAGUUUGAGACAAUUAGAUUUAGUUGAGAUAUUCAAGGUAUUGCUCUGCCCAGUUCUCGAAUUGAGCUAGUUAGAUUGAAAUUGACCUCAACCCUCUGUAGCAUAUACGAAUUGAGUAGGUAUUUUAUGUCAAUGCCCUACCUAAUUAGUUUUUAUUUGAUAUACAAUUUUUGAAUAGAAACAAGUUUUGAGAGAA